GCCCAGCCUGCGAAUCGCUAAUCUUUUCCUUCUUUUAUCGCAGGUGGCCACGGUAGGGGUAAAAAGAUGUUUGGCCGUGUUGGAGGUCAGACUUUCCGGUGUGUCGUGCGCAGCCCGAUCGCGCGGAGGAGACUCUGUGAGCGUAAAUUCUCGGCAUAUACAACCAGUGCCAACCCCAGUGCGAAUGCACCUUCUACAGCAUCACCGUUAGGGAGCAUCACUUCGGAGCUUGAUCGGAUUGCUCCAUGCUUUGAGGUCCCGGCAUCACGCAUCACAAUAUUGGACUCACCCGCUACCUUCUAUAGCACGCUCAAGAAUAAGAUCCGAAAGGCCCGGAAGCGUGUUUAUCUCUCUACUCUGUAUAUAGGAAAAUCAGAGCAUGAGCUCAUCGAGACCUUGAACCAGGCUCUACAUGAUAAUCCCGAUCUCAAAGUGUCUAUCCUGACGGACGCCUUACGAGGAACUCGUGAAACGCCAAAUCCCUCCUGCGCUUCGCUUUUGGCUUCGCUGGUCGCUGAGCAUGGCUCGGAAAGGGUGGAAAUUCGCAUGUUUCAUACUCCAAACCUGACGGGAUUGAAGAAGAGAUGGGUCCCUAGGAGAAUCAACGAGGGCUGGGGCCUUCAACACAUGAAGUUAUAUGGCAUUGACGACGAGAUUAUCCUCUCUGGAGCGAACCUCUCGAACGACUACUUUACGAACCGUGUAGAUCGAUAUCAUGUCUUCAACUCCAGAGAAUUAGCCGAUUAUUUUGCCCGCAUCCACCACGCUGUGUGCAGUCUGAGCUACCUAGUUCUACCAGACCCUCAUAAUACAGCUGGGUAUCUUUUAGACUGGCCAACAGCCAACGGUGCAGUAUCUCCAUUAGAGGAUCCCGAGAGCUUCGUCUCCUACGCCUCGACAGUCCUGACCCCUCUUAUUCGACCGACCGACACAAAAUCUGCACUUGAACCGAAAUCCUCCGACCAAACAUAUGUGUACCCCGUUGCACAGUUUACGCCGCUUCUAAAGCCCGAUACCUCUACGGAGUUCCCUGCGGUUACCACCAUCCUCCGUAUGCUUUCAAGCACCUCCACGUUUUCAGGUGCCCGCUGGUUGUUCACCGCCGGCUAUUUCAACAUCCAUCCUGUUCUCUCUUCACUGUUGAUCGCAAGCACGUCAACCUCACACACCGAAUCCACCACCCGUGGCACCGUGCUCACAGCUUCCCCCUGGGCCAAUGGUUUCUACGGCUCUCCCGGUAUUUCCGGCAUGCUCCCUGCAGCAUACACCCAUCUCUCAGCCCGGUUCCUCGAUCGCGUAGCCGAAGCGCAAAGGACAAAUUCCAUUCAGCUGAAAGAAUGGCGACGCGGCACGGUCGGAGAACCAGGCGGUUGGACCUACCAUGCAAAAGGUCUAUGGAUCACACUACCCAAAGAAGAACAUCCCAGUCUUACCUUCGUUGGGAGUAGUAACUACACCAAGCGCAGCUACAGCCUUGAUCUUGAGGUUGGUGCGCUGGUCGUCACUGGCGAUCAGGAGUUGAAGCGGAGGCUUGGCGCAGAGACCGAAUGGUUACAGAAGGAGUCUCAGGCUAUCUCAAGGGAUGAUUUGAGAAGGACCGAACGCCGAGUUAGCUGGAAUGUGCGUCUGGCUAUGUGGAUCGUCGAGAAAGUUGGUGGUGCCUUAUAGACUGAUUGGGACAACUUGCUGUGGGAGGUUGGAGGGGGGGGGGGCGCAAACAAUCUAUGAUUGCGAUAGAGUUUU